AUACAAACUUUCUCUGUAUGCGUUGAAUGAACACACUGGAAGCCGAAAAACCGACCUACGCGGUUUUUGCUUGAACUUCGGCCUCCGGUUGCGUUGCUUUAUUGCGGCUGUUAUCAAUUUUAUGUUUCGACCACUGCUAACCGAGAUGCAGUUGCCGAUUGUCGGUCGUCGUGUCCGCAUCGUCUAAAGCUGGCAAACCGUUGAAAGAUUAUUCGCGCAUUCGUUCCAUGUGCAAGUAGUGCAUUUUUUGUCGGUUUUUUGUAUUUUUGGACAGUGAUGUGUAGGGUUUAAGGUUAAUCUGGUACUGUUUCAGCACAAACACACACUAUACCCAAGUGCAUUUUUCGAUUCCACAAAAAAAAACUGCAAACGAAUUAUGUAAUGGAAUUGGUGAUAAACCGACUGCAGUUUAGAUAGUGUCGUGUGCAAGUCCGGUGCAAGUGAUUAAUUAUUGUAACUCCCUGUGGAUUGGAAGUUUUGUGUGCAGUUUCGGUAAAAAAAGUGAAUGAUAAAAGUAUUGUAACUCGCGAUUUUGCCAUUUACGAUGCAGACCGAAACCGAGAUCUUCUGUGAUGGAUUAAUUGCAGUGUAGUUGCAUACAGUUGCAUAGGAUUAUUUUAGAGUUUUUUUGCGCGUAGAAUUUUUCCUGAAGCCAACACACAUACAGCACAACAAUGGGAUAGCAAGAUGGUGAAAUGCUCCUACCCAACCAUUAGGGUGAGUGGUUAAUAUUUGAAUGAAAUAUAUUGCGAUUAAAAUUAAUAUAACUCCUACAUAAAAUACUUAAAUUAUUCUCAACUUAAAAUCAACGGUAGCGGCAUGACAUGAAAACACUCAUGAAAAGCAUAAGAUUUUUCUCUCUUAUUUGCAACCCCGUACUCGCUCUCUUUCUCUCUCUCACUUUCGUUCGUUCCUCUCAGUAUGCGAUGGUAACCAUCGCAACGCAAAAUCCACCUCCAACCCUCCACAAGUUACAUUCUCUUGCAUAACUUACGGGGCAGGCGCAAGUGUUCGUUAUCAACGCUUUUCAGUAGUAGCAGAAUCGUUGUCGUUGUUACGAGAUAAAAUACCCGAGAGCCAUCCUGCCUGGUGGUGGUAUUUGGCCACUACAUUUAGCUCGACCCAACACUGUCACCGAAAGCGCCGGGGCUUUUUGCUCAAGGUAAAUCGGUAGUCCGCUCUCCAGCGCAAGUUUUCCUUUUCUCUCGCUCACCAAAAAAUCGUUUCCCACUUUUCCUCCUGCUAGAAAACGCCUGUUUUCCAUCACUUUCUAUCUCGGGUUUUUCCCCUCUCUUUAUAACCUUUCAUUGCCUCGGACGUCUACCCGUCGUGUAUGCACAACACACACAGCAACCGAAAAGAUGCUUUGCUCAGUUUGUGUUUGAUCUCUGAUGAAAAGUGCACGACAGACCGGGGGAAAAAAUUCGUUUCAUCGUUUUUUGUGGUUUAUGCUACAGCAGGGACAUCCUACUACUGAAACGUGCAAGCGAUCGCUCCCGAGUGUUUGGUGAUAGUCCACACAAAAUAAGACAUUUACUCACCAGGAAGAAGAGCAACAACAGCAGAAAAGCGAAGCAAAAAUAUCCAGAUAACACAAAACGGCACAACACAAAACGGUUGUGUAUGAGUCUACUGGGAAACGAAAGAUGUUCGGUUCCAAAUUGCGAUCAUGGAUGGAAAAUCAUAUUGUGCGACCGAGAAAAAAGGGAAACAAAAAUAAAUCCGGAACCAACGGCAACUUCGGUGUCCUGACGACGCAAAAUGGCUACAAGAGUGGUUCAUUUGCAGCAGAUUCCAACAUCGGUAGCCCUGCAAGACGCAGCGAAGUUUCACCGAUUCAAAGCCAUACCACUAGUCGCCGCGGUUGGCACUCACCGAACCAGGACAAUGUUCCGAUUUCACCGAAAUCUGAUCACUAUCCCGUACAGCACCGCAUCCACCAAAGACAAACGCCCGAUGGAGGCGCCCAGUACUGGACGACCGGGUACGGCACCGUGAAUGGGCAAUCGGGUCCAUCAUCAUUUCACCAUCAGCAGCAGCAGCAACAGCAGCAGCAAUUCAAUCCCGGCGUAUCAUCGCCCAAAAGCAUUUCACGCAACGGUUCAUCUUACACACUUGAAUCGGGACCGACAAACGUGUACUAUUCGAAAAGUGUCGAUUCGUACGCGGUGGACAGUUCGCUCCCAUACACCAUGCCGGAGUUUGACUUUCACGCAGGAAAUACCGGCCCAUCAAGGGGCCCGGUUUCCACCGGACACAAUGGGCAUCUGAUGACGGUACACACACCUACGGUGACGCGCAGUACCUACUCGACGGCAACCAGUUCCAGCAAUGAACUGCUCGAAGAGAUGCAUCCAUUCGAAGGUGCUCGCAUUAAGCGUCUACAUCCGGCCGCAACACGCAUCAGCUCAUCCUCGUCCUCGUCCGUCAACUCGACGCACUACAGCGUAAAUAACAAUCACCACAACAAUAACCAUCUGGCCAGUGGAACACUUCCCACACACUAUGGAAGCUCCAAUGGCCAUCAUCAGCAACCGCUGGCACGAACUCAACCGGUUGCGCCAUCUGCCGCCAGUGAGAAUAAGUAUGGUAAACUAUUGCAGCAGCAGCAACAAAAUCCACCCACCAAACCGUACGGUCCCUACUAUGAACAGCAACAGCAGCAGCAGCAACAACCACACAAUGGCAACAACAACAACAACUUACACUAUUCCUCCAAUAGUCAGACAACUUCCAACUCCACUCCCGGCGAUGGUGGCAGCAGUAGGAACGCAUCUCCACUUCCUACCCGUGGUACAUCCGCCUGCACAUCACCUGUACUACGUCCCGCUGCACCUACCAUCAAAAGUAAUCGCAUUAUCAAUGGCAAUAAUAAUAACAAUAACAAUAGUAUCCACCUCGACGGUUCGGCUUCCGGCACGGGUAAAACGAUCACCAGCGGAAGCUCAUUGACGGCCAGCUUUACCAGCAAGUUUCACAAGCUGACGGGUGCACGGUCGAACGCACCGGACGGUGGCAACAGUAAAUUGAAUCAUGUUAAUAACAACAAUGCCACCACAACAACCAACGGCACUGGGAACUCCACCAACGCUGGAUCCUACCAUCAUCAACAUCAGCAGCAUCAUCAUCAUCAUCAGCAGUACCAGAUCAAUAACGUCACGACACAUCUGCAUCCACCGGCACAACCACUUCCGUCGGGAAAGCAACAACCCCUGUCGUCAUCGUCCUCGUCAUCGUCACCACCACCACCAGGAACAGGAGGAACUGGACCGGGUGCACUUGGACCUGCACCGUCACCAACCGUACACCAUCUGCAUCAUCCAUCAACGCACGGUCACCACCAUCAUCAUCCGCAUGGACCGAUGGGUCAUACGCUUUCAUCGCCGGAAAGUGCUUACUCGACCGGAUAUUCUACCGACGGCACGUCACCGGGUGGUUGUUCCUACACGCCCGAAUACUACAUCAAUAUCCGUACCGGGACGCACUACUUCCCGAAGGGCACAACACUACCGGGAGCCCUCCAUGGAAGGACGACAGCUGCAUUUGAACGCACCGGCUCUACGAUCCCGCCAAAUGCAUCGACCGGCAGCCAUCAUGAGAAUGGUUCCAAAUUCAAAUGUGCCCUUAAUCGCAUCGAGGAAAAGCAUGUGGAGUUUUGUGUCGACGGAGAAAUGCACGUUGCCGGACCACGAGCAUCGUGUGCCCCGGUUCCUGCACCCAAUCUGUCGAGCUUUAAGCCCGCUUCCGGUGCAUCUGGUGGUGUUCCUGGUGGAAAUGGAACGGGCGCUUUAUCUCAACUUCAGCAGCAACAACCGUCAGCGGCAGCAGCAGCAGCACAACAACCACAGUCAAACCAACCGCCGAAUGCAGUUGCGAUGAGUCCUAUUAUGCAGAAGAACCUCGGCAUGCAGCAUUACCGUAGUAUUGAAUCUCCAUCUCCUCGCCAACGGUGCAGAAUCCGAACGAACCCUUGGUUGACGACAGCGGAUGGAGCACUUGCCAGUGUAAACUGUAUUAAGCGAACGGAACAGGAUUCGGGAUCUACCUCGUCCGGUAUCAAAUCCAGCAGCGGAACUGACGACAAUAAAAAUGACAACAACAAACCAAACGCACUUUCCGACACAGAUUCCAGUUCAUCCACGGAGAAGAUCAUCAACAAAAAGCCAUUUACACCGAAAAGUCUUAAGAAAAUGACGGGAGACAUUUCGCGGCUGGACAGUAAAUCUGCACCGAUAACGCACGGUUCCAACCAGGACAGUGAUGAGGAUGCUACCCUUAACGAGAUGAUGGGCAAGUUUGAUGAAAGUUACCACUAUGAGAAGGAGACUGACAUUUUGAGUUGUAGUGACUCGGAUCCUACAGACUGUCCAACGGACAUUGACACCGGUCAAGAUGCGGGCGACGAAUGUGACACAGACGAUCUGCUCGAUCUAGACUUCAUCGAUACGGGCUCAGUGCAAGAGGUACCAGAUAAGGAAACCUAUCGGCACACGGCCAGCUGUUCGAUUCAUCAAUUCCCGGAGCGUAAAGCGUCCUGCAAGCAGCAACGAACGCAGAGAAGCAAACGCACCAACGAAUGUGGCGGUGGUUCCAAACGCCGGAAGAAGUUGGUCCGCACGCGAAAGAAAACGUCCGAUCAAUCGUCGGCACUCGGUGUGGGUGAUGGUACGGGCGUUGCUAGCCGUGGAUGUCGUAGCUUAGGAGGCACUCCUGUCUCGUUGCGACGGAACCAACAGGAUCAAGAGUUGCGUACCCCGACCAGAGGUUCGCCACUUACCAAUCGCUGCAAUUCGCUUACCUUUACCGAGGUACAUUCGCUGCACAGUCGAAUACUGGCCAUUUCCGAGAGCGAAAAGGCACUGCUCAAGGCUGACCUCGAGGCGGACGUUAAGUACAAGCAGUUGAUUCACGAAGCCGAAUCGAUCCUGUUUUCGAUGAAGAGCAAUAGUUCGAUUUGCAUCAAAGAUCUAGUCACCGUGCCGCCUCCGUUGCCUCCGCGCGAACCGCAACCUCCAUCUGUGCCAACGCUCGCGAAAGAAGCGCCAACGACUACUACUACCAGCACCAUUUCUAGUCCACGGCGCGUUUGUAAUCCACCGGCCAACAAACGGGUGGAGAUGUUGCGCAACUGCGAAGCUGACCUUAGACGCGAAUUGGCAAAGACUUGCUCCCAAAAGUGUACCGAUGCCAUGGGUAAUCCGGCCGAGUUGAAUCCCGCCGAAGGUGUGAUCGUUAACAAACGGUUGGAGGUGUUACGCUAUGAAACUUCCUGCUCACUGUCGGCACCAAACAGUCCCAAGAACACACGUGUCUUGCUGCCUCGCAAAACCCAUGUCACCAACUUUAUCCACCAUCAGGCACGACCGGCGGGCUCGUCCGAAGCGAACCAGGCAAAUGAUCUUAAAACAAGUGCCAACCUAUCGCCACCUCCACCGCCUCCACGGCGAUUGCUGUCAAAGUCUCCGACCAUCAUGCGGAGACGCUUCCGCAGUCAAAGUCCACAUCUGAAUAUUGAGUCCGACUCUGAUUCGGACGAAGUGAGUCGAAAUCUGGAUAGCAAAACUAACGGCAAGGUGCAUCGUGCCAACCACAACAACAAGGAAAAUCUUACCAACCAUCCGCAACCGAUCAGCUUCCCACAAUCAACGCCUAAAAACAUUGCCGGCAAGCAGAUGAACAACUAUCGCCAUACAAUACACGGUUCCGCCCUCAUGAAUGGUGAGGAUACAGGAAAUGGUUAUGACGGUACCACCGUUGAAGGGAUCCCAAAUGGUGGCAACCAUGGAUCGAAUGUCACAGGAAUGCACAAAUCGCCGCUGAUCUCGUUCCGUUCGGUAGACAUUGGUUCACCGGUCACUGAUGAUAGUUACUGUCCCCAGAGCGAACCACUGAAGCGUAAAAUAUACACCUGCAGUGCAGCAUUUGAGAAAAUACAGCGAAGUCUUCACCAUGAUCCAGAUGCAAAGCAACAACUCAUCAUCGAUGCACUAGCUGAAAUCAAACGCAGCCUGGAAGAUCAAAGUGUGGAGUUGCACGAGCUUAACAAUACGGAAAAUUAAAUUUAACCGUCACCCAGCAGCGCGCUCUAGUGGUCGAUCAUCGUAGCAUCACCAUCCAUCAGCACCGUUGCGCCAUCUAGCGAACGCUGCGCGUAUGAGUUGUGUCUUCGCUAUAAACCUACUCGAGAAUCGACCAACGCGAUUCGAGCAACCGUUACUACAAGCAGCUCGAUUCAAAUGUUUUCAACCUUACUUCCCCUUUUUACCUUCGUUAGUAAGUAGUAAAUUUUUGAAUGUUUAGUCCAAGAAACCUGAACUAUUGGCUGAUUGUUCGUUUUUUGAAUUCACGUUACAAAAAAACCAAAACAAAAAGGUAUAACUACCAUAAUUACCCUUCCAGAAAAGGGUCACACACUACUUUAGAAUUUCGAAUUCCAUCCAUCCAUCCAUUAGGUUGUAGAAGAGUUGAUUCAAUCGCGCUAGUAAUCAACCGCAUAGACGACGCUGACGGCAAACUUUAGUCACGAACUCUAGUCAGUAUCCUUAGGAUAGAAACCCCAAAAACCACCCCCAUUCUUACUCGAUACAGCCAUUAGUCAUUUUAUAAACUAACUAGUUCUCUUACUCGAUUACAUUUCAACGAUAUUCUCGUGUGGAGAAUAAGAAAUUAAGAACUCGGUAUUAGUUUAUAGAAAUCUAGCAACGAAUGCUCUAUAUCGUUUGAGCAUUAUUUUUGUUUGUUCUUACAGAUUUAGUUUUUGACAUUAAAUGUGCUAAAGUACAACAAACUAACAAUGCAUUCCUUAUUAGAUGUAGUAAUUUAAAGUUGUUACUUUUUGCAUUAUGCAAUAUGUAAUAGCGCGAAAUAACUUAACCAAAUAUUUACUUUUAUCCUAUUAGUGAAACAUUCCUUUUUUAUAAUUUCCAAUAAAAUGAAACGUUUAUGAUACAUUCAAUAAAAUAUAGACAUAUAGUGAAUAGCUAGUUUUGUGAAUUUAGAUCAAUUUAGUUAUUGUUGAAGGUGAUUUACUGGUUUCUCUUCCAUAUACUGUUUAAAUAAGCAAUCUUUUAGUUAGAUUGUGAUACUUUUUGUUUUGCUUCCUUCGUGAUUGUACUCCUGUUUUAUGCUGUUAAUCUAUUUUUAUAGUGUUACUUAUGUUAUAGUCUGUUGUUUCAAAUUAACUUUUCCCCUUUUCGACAUCUAUCACUUUCCUUCCUAAUUUUUUUUAAUACUUUCCUGUAGUGCUUUAAGGUAUAGUGUUCUUAUAAACUUUCCCAAACUUUACCAAUAAGGAAUGGAAUAGAUUCCCGCGUUUAUGUAUUUAUAGCAUACAUCACACCCAAAGAAGAAUUGCAAUUCACAUUCAAAGGACCAAGCAAUGCGAGCUUAUGUGCUUAUUUGCCAACAAAAAACCGUAAAUGCCUUUCCAUCAAGCUAAAAAAAACUAAAGUCACAAAACUAUUUAUUCCUAUACACAAAUCAAUCAAUAACAGUGGAACAGUUUUAUGCAGCGUAGUAAAGCAACGUUCAUUAACCACCACAAACACUCACACACACACAAGUUGGGUUAUUGUAUGAUAAAUUAAUAAAUAACUUCAUGGCAUACAAACUAAUGGGCUAGAUUUCGUAACAAUAUUUAUUACCAAAAGCGUCUGAUAAAGAGAAGUAAACUUUGUGGUAGAGUCACAUUGACAAAUACACACACACACGUACAUAGGGCAACCAGGGCAAAAAACGCAAUUUAUUCAUAAUAACUAAUUAUACACUCGAAAACCGUAAGCGUACUGUUAUUGCAUUAGUUGUAGGAAGCAACAAAAAAACAAAACUUUAACAAAAAAAUAUUAAAUAAAAAAAAAACAAAAACAAAACCAAUCGAAACGACGUCAGUGCUUUUCUAGGACUUCCGUUUAAUCCAAGGAUGCAAGAGGAAGAGAAGUAAACAAAUGUGCAAAGUGUCCAUACGAUAAUUAUGCCGGGAAUGACUAACCAAUAGCGAAUCCUUACCAAGCGUAAUUAAUUUCUGACGCACAAGUGUAGCAAAAGUGACAAACAAACAUCACCGAACCAAAAGCUGAAAAGAAAGGAAACCUUACAUCUUCCCGUACAUCCUUAGCAUUGUAACUAUACUCAUUUACACAAUCGUAUACAAUGGCAUUUGUGCGCUACAUAACACUCAACCAAACCUCGUAUUUAAUAAAAAGAA